AUGGUUUUGGCUGAUGAUAAUUUUGCUUCAAUUGUCGCGCUGUACUGGGAAUCCCUGAUACCCUGGCACCUGUUCAACUUCUUUGGAUUGUCUGCCACUGCCAUUGGCUUUAACAAACAAGAUUCCGAUGUUGUGAAGGCAAAACCUCGAAAGGUUGGUGAAGCAGUGGUCACUGGGUGGUUAUUCUUCCGCUAUUUGGUUAUCGGAGUUUAUGUUGGCCUGGCAACUGUUGCUGGCUUUAUAUGGUGGUUUAUUUACUCUGAUGGUGGUCCCAAACUGACUUACAGUGAACUGAUGAACUUUGAAACGUGUGAACUUAGAGAGACAACUUAUCCCUGCAGCAUAUUUGAGGAUCGGCAUCCAUCUACUGUGGCUAUGACAGUACUUGUUGUUGUCGAGAUGUUUAAUGCUCUAAAUAACCUCAGCGAAAAUCAAUCCCUUCUGGUUAUAACCCCAAGGAGUAAUUUAUGGCUUGUUGGUUCAAUUAUCCUGACGAUGCUUCUGCACAUGCUAAUAUUAUAUGUUCAUCCACUGACAGUCUUAUUUUCUUGGACUGCCGUUCUGUAUCUUUCGUUUCCUGUAAUCAUCAUCGAUGAGCUUCUGAAGUUCCUCUCUAGAAAUACUGGCAUGAGAUUCAGGUUCAGAUUGAGGAAGGCUGAUUUACUCCCCAAGGACCGGCGUGACAAGUAGGAUAAGAAAAUAAGAGAUGGUUUUUUCUUCAACCGUUAUACAUAGUUUUUUGGCUGUAUAGAUACAACAGCCCACAGAGAAGGGAAUCUUUGGAGACUGUAAUGCAAUCCAAAAAAGCUCCAACACCAUAAACCAUAAAACUCUAUCCAAAAAAAACGGUUACAGGUAUUAAGAAUAGAGUUCUUUAUCAGUUGAAGACAUUUAGUUCUGCAUCACCGUAAAUGAGGAUAUGAGCUCUCUGUUCAUGUCAAUGCACUUCUUCUUCGGGGAUAAUAAAAGGACCAAGAUGGGACCGCUGCGUUUCGCCGUUUCCUAUGGAGCUUGAGAACAGAGGAACCAUAAAAGUAGAAACUUUGCUCAUCGCAGAGCAUCUCCCCCUAGAGAAUUAACCAGUUCUAUGUUUUAACAUUUGGGAUUCAGGUAAGCACGAUAAAAUCACCAAGAAGGACGAGAUAUCAGAAGCUCUGAAACAGAGGAUUUUCAAAGGUGGCUGACACCCAGAAAACCUCACGAGGAUGUAAACGACAGAGCCUUGAUUCGUAAGUAAAUGUAAAUGUUCUUAAAAUUGUUUCUGUGAAUUAACAUAUUAAUACAGAGGAUGUAACUGUAAACUGUAAAGUGUUAAGAUAUUCCAUUAAGCAUUCAAACAUAAUUCCUUUUUUA